GGGGAGUGCACCUGCAUUCCAGCUCAGUGGCAGUGCGACGGGGACAAUGACUGUGGGGACCACAGUGAUGAAGACGGGUGUAUGCUUCCUACCUGCUCCCCACUGGAUUUCCACUGCGACAAUGGGAAGUGUAUCCGUCGCUCCUGGGUGUGCGAUGGGGACAAUGACUGUGAAGAUGAUUCGGAUGAGCAAGACUGUCCUCCUCGGGAGUGUGAAGAGGAUGAGUUCCACUGCCAGAACGGAUACUGUAUCCGCAGUCUGUGGCAUUGCGAUGGAGACAAUGACUGCGGGGACAACAGCGACGAGCAGUGUGACAUGAGGAAAUGUUCAGACAAGGAGUUCCGGUGUACUGAUGGAAGCUGUAUCGCUGAACACUGGUUCUGCGAUGGAGACAUAGACUGCAAAGAUGGAUCAGAUGAGGAAAGCUGCCCCUCUGAUGUUCCCAUGGCGACGUGCAGCGUGGAGGAGUUCCAGUGCUCGUACGGCCGCUGCAUCCUCGAUAUUUACCACUGUGACGGCGAUGACGACUGCGGUGACUGGUCUGACGAGUCUGACUGCUCCUCUCACCAGCCCUGCAGAUCUGGGGAGUUCAUGUGCAGUAGCGGCCUGUGUAUCAACGCUGGCUGGAGGUGUGACGGGGACUCUGACUGCGAUGACCAGUCCGAUGAGAAAAACUGCACUACCUCCACGUGUACCACUGACCAGUUCCGCUGCAAGUCUGGGCGCUGUGUCCGGUUGUCAUGGAGAUGUGAUGGGGAAGACGACUGCUCAGAUAACAGCGACGAAGUAGGCUGUGAGAAAACAGAUUCCCCUCAGUGUGCUCCAGACCAAUUCCUGUGUGGGAAUGGCCGCUGCAUUGGUCAGAGGAAGGUGUGCAAUGAGGUCAGCGACUGUGGAGACGGCAGCGAUGAGAGCCCGCACCAGAACUGUCGUCCCAGGUCGAGUGAGGAGAAUUGCAAUGAGAACAAUGGUGGCUGUGCUCAGAAAUGCCAGAUGGCUCGAGGACAGGUGCAGUGCACGUGUCACACUGGGUUCAGGCUGAAGGAUGACGGGAGGUCAUGUCAAGAUGUGGAUGAGUGUUCGGAAGAAGGCUACUGCAGUCAGGGUUGUACUAACACUGAGGGAGGUUUCCAGUGCUGGUGUGUGCACGGCUAUGAACUCCGACCUGAUAAACGCAGCUGCAAAGCAUUAGGGCCAGAGCCUGUUCUGCUGUUUGCCAAUCGGAUCGACAUCCGACAAGUGCUUCCCCACCGCUCCGAGUACACACUCCUGCUCAACAACUUGGAGAACGCCAUCGCUCUGGACUUCCACCACAGCAUGGAGCUGGUCUUCUGGUCGGACGUCACACUAGACAGGAUCAUGAAGGCCAACUUGAACGGGAGCAAUGUGGAGGAGGUGGUGUCGACAGGCCUUGAGAGUCCAGGGGGUCUGGCAAUUGACUGGAUCCACGACAAGCUGUACUGGACAGACUCUGGCACAUCCCGCAUCGAGGUCGCCAACGUGGAUGGGACACACAGGAAGGUGCUCCUGUGGCAAAACAUGGAGAAACCACGAGCCAUAGCUCUCCACCCAAUCGAAGGGAAGAUCUACUGGACCGACUGGGGCAACACUCCGCGGAUUGAGUACGCCAACAUGGACGGCUCCAAUCGCAGGAUCAUUGCUGACACCCACCUCUUUUGGCCAAACGGGCUCACCAUCGACUACGCUGGCCACAGAAUGUACUGGGUGGAUGCCAAGCAUCAUGUGAUCGAGCGAGCCAAUCUGGAUGGGAGCAACAGGAAAGCGGUCAUCAGCCAAGGGUUGCCCCAUCCCUUUGCCAUCACUGUCUUUGAGGACAGUCUGUACUGGACUGACUGGCACACCAAGAGCAUCAACAGUGCCAACAAGUUCACAGGCAAGAACCAGGAGAUCAUCCGCAACAAACUCCACUUCCCCAUGGACAUCCACACACUGCACCCCCAGCGGCAGCCAGCAGGAGGGAGAAACCGCUGUGGAAACAACAAUGGGGGUUGUAGCCACCUCUGCCUGCCCAGCAACAAAACAUUCACUUGCACUUGCCCCACUGGUUUCCAGAAGAUUGACAGUUUCAACUGCGCUCAAAGUCUUGACAAGUUCCUGCUUUUUGCCCGAAGGACGGACAUCCGUCGGAUCAGCUUCGACACAGAGGACAAGUCUGAUGAUGUCAUCCCGCUGGCUGACGUGCGCAGCUCUGUGGCCCUGGACUGGGAUUCCAAGGACGAGUACAUCUACUGGAGCGACGUCACCACCGACUCUAUUAACAGGGCCAAGUGGGAUGGCUCCAGACAGCAGGUUGUUGUGGAUACCAGUCUGGAGAGUCCAGCCGGUCUUGCUUUUGACUGGGUGACCAGCAAAUUGUACUGGACAGACGCAGGUACAGACAGGGUUGAAGUGUCCAAUGCAGACGGCAGCAUGAGGACUGUGCUGAUCUGGGAAAACCUGGACAGACCCAGAGACAUUGUAGUGGAUCCCAUUGGAGGGUACAUGUACUGGACAGACUGGGGAGCCAGCCCCAAGAUCGAGCGGGCAGGGAUGGAUGCCUCAAACCGCAUUGUCAUCAUCUCCUCCAACCUGACCUGGCCCAAUGGACUGGCUGUUGACUAUGAGACAGAGAGGCUGUACUGGGCAGAUGCUGGCAUGAAAACCAUAGAGUUCUCCAAUUUGGAUGGCACUGACAGACAGGUGUUGAUUGGAAGCCAACUGCCCCACCCUUUUGGGCUGACUGUGUAUCUGGACAAAAUCUACUGGACAGACUGGCAGUCCAAGAGCAUCCAAAGUGCUAAUAAACUGAAUGGCCUGGGCCGAGUCACUCUGAGAGAGAACCUGGAGAACCUCAUGGAUAUUCACAUGUUUCACCGGCACAGGUCCCCAGUGCCAUCAGUGUGUAAAGUGAGUAAUGGAGGCUGCAGUCACCUCUGUCUGCUGGCUCCCCUGCCCAAGGGCUCCAGCUGUGCCUGCCCAACAGGAAUCACCCUCCAGUCUGAUGGAAAGACCUGUGCUCACGGCAUGAACAGUUUCCUGAUUUUUGCACGAAGGACAGACAUCCGCAUGGUUUCUUUGGACAUCCCCUACUUUGCCGAUGUUGUUCUUGCGAUCAAUGAAUCUUUGAAAAAUACCAUUGCCAUUGCUGUGGAUCCUAAGGGAGGGAAGGUGUACUGGUCAGACAGUACAUUGAAAAAAAUAAGUAGAUCCAACCUGAAUGGAACAGAGUAUGAAGAUAUCAUCACAACUGGUUUAAUGACGACCGAUGGACUUGCAGUGGAUGCUGUGGGCUGUAAGAUUUACUGGACUGACACUGGGACCAACCGGAUUGAAGUUGCCAAUUUGGAUGGCUCAAUGAGAAAAGUUCUUAUUUGGCAAAAUCUGGACAGCCCGAGGGCCAUUGCACUCUACCACGAAAUGGGAUAUAUGUUCUGGACUGACUGGGGAGAGCAUGCAAAGCUGGAACGUUCCGGAAUGGACGGAACAGACCGCGUGGUUCUCAUCAGUAACAACCUGGGCUGGCCCAAUGGACUGGCCAUUGACAAAGCAGGGUCCCAGCUACUGUGGGCUGAUGCUCAUACUGAGCGUAUUGAGGCAGCUGACCUGAACGGUGCCAACCGUCGAACUCUGGUCUCCCCAGUUCAGCACCCUUACGGACUGACCCUACUGGGCCCACACAUCUACUGGACAGACUGGCAGACUCGCAGCAUUCAGCGAACAGACAAGAACACAGGUGGAAGCAGCAUCACUGUGCGUGGAAACCUGCCUGGCCUCAUGGACAUUCAGGCCGUGGACCGGAACAAGCCCCUGGGCUUUAAUAAGUGUGGUGUGAGAAACGGAGGCUGCAGCCAUUUGUGCCUCCCCAAUCCCAGCAGCCUCUCCUGCUCGUGCCCCACGGGGAUCCAGCUGAAGAGCGAUGGGCGGACGUGUGACGACUCCCCCGAGACAUACCUGCUGUUCUCCAGCCGUGGCAGCAUCCGGCGCAUCUCCCUGGACACCAACGACCACACUGACGUCUACGUGCCAGUGCCCGAGCUCAACAAUGUCAUCUCGUUGGACUACGACAGCGUGGACGGCAAGGUCUACUACACAGACGUGUAUCUUGACGUCAUCAGGCGCGCCAACCUGAAUGGAAGCACCUUGGAGACUGUGAUUGGCCACGGACUGAAAACGACGGAUGGGCUGGCGGUGGACUGGGUGGCUCGGAAUCUAUACUGGACAGACACAGGCAGGAACACCAUCGAGGUAGCCCGGCUGGACGGCUCCAAUCGCAAAGUGCUCAUUAACAACAGCCUGGACGAGCCCAGGGCCAUCGCUGUGUUCCCAAGGAAGGGGUAUCUCUUCUGGACUGACUGGGGUCACAUUGCCAAGAUUGAGAGGUCACACCUGGAUGGUUCUGACCGCAAGGUCCUGAUCAACACUGACCUGGGCUGGCCCAACGGAUUGACUCUGGACUACGACACCCGAAGGAUCUACUGGGUCGAUGCCCACUUAGACCGGAUAGAGAGUUCUGAUCUCAAUGGAAAACUGCGCCAGGUCCUGGUCAGCCCUGUCUCCCAUCCCUUCGCCCUCACACAGCAAGACAGGUGGAUUUAUUGGACUGACUGGCAGACAAAGUCUAUUCAGCGAGUAGACAAGUACACAGGAAGGAGCAAGGAGACCAUUCUUGCCAAUGUUGAGGGACUCAUGGACAUUAUUGUAGUGUCAGCACAGCGGCAGACUGGUACCAACUUCUGCGGAGUUAAUAACGGGGGUUGCACUCAUCUUUGCUUUGCCAGAACUGCAGAUUUUGUUUGUGCCUGUCCGGAUGAAAGUGAUGGAAAACCUUGUUCCACAAUUCCAGGUUAUGUACCACUAGCGCCUGACAGUUCUAUAACAAGUGCUACUCAGCCUGAUAAAUCUCACAAGAACCCUGGUGUCUCCACAGAUAAACCUACACCACCAGUCCGUACACCUGCAAAAAAUUGCUCUGUACAGGAUGCAGGUCUUGCAAAUUGUAACACUGAGCGGAGUGGUGGUCCAGUUCCCUCCAAUGAAAGUUUGCAUAUGAGUUACAUCAUUGGGGGAGUCCUCACCAUGCUGGCCUUCCUCAUUCUUAUUGCUGCCUUUAUCAUAUACAGGCACAAAAAGUCAAAGUUUGCAGAUCCAGGAGUGAGCAACCUGACUUACAGUAACCCAUCAUAUCGCACCUCCACGCAAGAGGUGAAGAUAGAAACGGUGCAAAAGCCGCCAAUUUAUAACCAGCUACGAUAUAAGAAAGAGCUCUCUGACCCUUAUGAGUCCCUUUCACCUUUUCUCUUCUGACCUCUCUUCCACGUUCCUACCCCAGACCAGCAUUGACAACAGUUACACCAAGGAGAAGAUCAAGAUUGUGGAGGGGAUCUGCCUGCUAUCCAGCGAC